UUAUUUAUAACUUAUAGACAUAUAUUCCAUUGUCAUGGAGACAUGAAAUUAAGAAGUUAACAUAUUAGUACUCAUUCUGUUUACUGCAAAAUGAAUUAAAGGGAGUAAGAAACAAUAAGGUUCACAUCAAGGCAACUUGGAGGUGAAGGAUGAAAAAGAGGACUAGAUUGAUAGGUUGGGUUGAGGAGAGCGAGGGCGAGAGAACAGCGAGUUAUUGUGUUGGUACACCAGGCACUGGGAGACACAUUAAUGCAUUCACACACUAACACGAACACGCACAUAAGCGCGUGCUUCUGCCCACCGCUGCACAGACCAGAGCUGGCAUCCCAGAGGGCAUCACUUUAUCCCACUACUGUUCUUGCCUCUGAAACUUGAAGCCCAUGUUACGUUCACCCUCUCCAUCACUCCAGAGAUCUUUAUCUGUAGGUUUCACCUCCAUCGCAGCAACAUUUAAGGCAUUUUGGGUCAAGCACUGUGUCCAGAUUGAGGAUCCCCAACACAGAGUGGAGGACUAGCUGAUAAGAGACUGUGGAACAAGCUAUACUUCAGUAUCAUCCACCAGGUCCACUUGUCAAUUCACAUUCAGCUUACCUGCUGUUUCUUUUUGUGGACCACAGCUGCAACAAAAGGAAAAGGACUUCACAAUUCUUGCUGACGUUUAAGUUUAUCAAAGUUUUCUAUCUGCACUAUCUCUUGGACUCUUCCUAGUGAUCAUUCUUGGAAAAGAUGGCAACAACUGGCAUGCAACUGCUAGGCUUAGUCCUGUCCAUCAUCGGCUGGGUGGGUGGGUUCCUGGUGUGUAUCCUGCCCAUGUGGAGGGUCACCGCCUUUAUUGGGAACAACAUCGUAACAGCGCAGAUCACAUGGGAGGGACUGUGGAUGAAUUGUAUCUGGCAGAGCACAGGGGAGAUUCAGUGCAAGGUGUACGACAGCUUAUUGGCUCUUCCAAGUGACAUGAAGGCCGCCCGGGGUCUUACCGUGCUGGCAUUGCUCAUCUGCACCCUGUCACUUACACUCGGUGUUUUGGGUAUCAAGUGCACAGAGUGUGUGGGCCACCAAAGCCUGAAGGCACGCUUGGCCCGAGUGUCGGGCGUGCUCUUUGUCAUUGCGGGGUUCCUAGUCCUUGUGCCUGUCUGCUGGACGGCCCAUUCCAUCAUCAAGGAUUUCUAUGACCCAUAUGUGGCGGCCCCUCACAAACGUGAACUCGGCCCUGCUCUCUACCUGGGCUGGGGUGGUUCGGCUCUGCUGUUGAUCGGUGGAUCGCUCCUCUAUGCAGGGUCAAAUCCCCCCGGGAUUCCUUCCUCUCCCACGUUUAGCAGUGGGGAGAGCAGCCCACGCCGAGCGGGUGGACCUGCCCAAGUCAAAGGUUAUGUUUAAUGACCAACAGCUACACGGCAGUCCCCGAAAGUCCUCUCUGCUAGUGUUUCCCAUUGUGAUAGAUUCGAGUUAAUUUUAAUCUAUUUUUAUGAUUCAGAACAUUUCUGUGGUUGUGUGAUGGAGGUAGAGAAUAGACAUGUGAAAUCAAGUUUCCUUCCCACCUCUAAUGUCCACUUAUAAGUCUGUCUUUCUCUGUAUUUGUCUAUUGUGUCAUUAAAUAAUAAAAAACCUAAGU